ACGAGUGUUUGUUUUCUCUUACAGGAAGGCAGAAAGAGACGUCUGUCAAGAUGCCGAAACCCACUGACGUAGUGGAUAGUGCGGGAAGGGCCCUGAUAUUGGAGGACCUUAUUGCGGCCAUUGAUAGGCAUGAGAAAAGGUCUAGCAAUGUCCCAAAGAUUGAUACCUUCCACUUCAGUGGAGAGAGAGUUUCAGACUGCCUGGAUCUGGUGGAGCAAGAGAUGGUGGGUUUGUCGGAUGAGGUGAAGUUCCAGCGAAUUCUGAAAUACGUACUUCACAGGCAUCAUCAAGAAGUGGGAAAGGUUGUGGAUGCCGCCCACGGUAGCUGGGCAAGGUUCAGAGAGGGCAUGCAGCGCAAGUACCGGUUGGGUGAUGGGUUGCUAACCACCACGGACCUCGAGGCCAUGAACAAAGAUGACUUCACUACGAUAGGGGCAUUUGUACAAGAAUUCAAGAAAAGGGCGAGGAAAGUUCAUGGGAUCUCAGAAGAGGCGCAAUGUGCCAUCUUUCUGGGACUGCUCACGGCGUCAAAAGCCUCUGAGCUGACGAGUCAUGGAGGGGGCAGUGUGAAGCUUACCUGGGCCACUAUUGAUAAGGGAGUAGCGGAUUCGAGCCUGGACCAGGUAGAGCAGCACCAGAUGCGCUUGCAGAGAAGGAAAAGGAAGGAAAGGGAUGCUACCGCAUCUGGGACCCCAGGGGUAAAAAGGAUUGUUACCGACGUGCUUGCAGAGUUAGGCUAUGGGCAGGACGCCGAGGUGCAGAAAAAGGUGGUGACCAUAGUCCAAAGUCGAGGGAAGGAGGCAGGGGAUGAAGGUACCAGGCAGGAGGACUACGGUGAGGAGGAGACGGGAUCACAAGUGCUUACCAAGGCCCAGCGCAAGCAGCGUAACUUGUUGCUAGGAGGUCAAGGCUCAGGGAAGGGACAGAUCCAGCAAGCAAUCGCUGCCCCACCGGCUGCCGCCACAACAGCACGUACGUCAGCAGGGCCCUCACAGAUGGGGCUGCCGCCAGCCUAUGGACAUUGGGUGCCGUAUUGCCAAAAGGCACCCUGGCCUAGUUGUAAUCACUUCAACUCGUGCGGAACGGGCCAAGCCCAUUCAGGACAGAUAGUCCCAUAUUCGGGCCCAUCAGCGAGCCUAGGGCCGCCAAGUUUCCCAGCGACCCAGGGUCAGUUCGCGGCCCAGCCCCCUACCUCGCAGCAAGCUUCGCAGGCUAGCGUGGCAGGAGGGGGAGCUCAAGGGCAAGGAGCUCAAGGGCAGGGAAGACAAGGCAAUGGUGGUCGGGGACAAGGAGGUCGGGGAAGUGGCGGUCGGGGACGGAACGGUGGGGGACGUGGUGGUGGAUGGAAUGGCCAAGGAGGCCAGAGCCAAGGUAACCAAGGCAGUCAGGAAGGAGGCCAAGGGUAUGGGAGGCCCUGCUUUGAUUGGCGAAGUGCCACCUGCCGGCAUUGUGGCGUUGUAGGCCACAGCAUUCGGUUUUGCCAACAGCGGCGGGACAACGAGCUCGCGGGCCUAAUCUCCACAAAUAUGGAUGGGGACAUAUAUGAUAAAUUUGGGAAGUAUAUUGAUCCAAAGAUCCCAGGUGGGGUUAGACAGGAAGCUCAAAGGCGGGCAACGGCAGGGCCGGCGCCCCCGGCAAUGUUCAGGCUAUGGCAAGAGAGGGAGGACCCGCCCGUGAGGAUUGAAGAGGUCACGGGGGAGAGUGAGGAGGUGACUCAGCGACUAAAGGCUGGGACUAUAAAAGAAGAACCAAUAGUCGUUGAGUCGGAUGACGAGGACUCCCAGAGGGUGGGAGAAUCAACCACAACUACCUUGGAGAAAAUGAAAGACCUGCUGGGAAAGCUGGGAAGGUACCAGCAAAGGCUAAAGGAAUUGUGUGAUGAAGUUCAAGGAUGGAAGGCCGACCUUCCCAAUGUCUUCCUCUAUGAGUCCGAGCCAGGACCAGCAUCGGGGCAGCAAAGCUAUCCCGGGGUCGCGACGGUAGGGUCGGGCCCUAGGUCAGGAAUGACAUUCAAGCCACCUACGCCACAUGGACGGGCGCCGCAAGCGGCACAAACCAGGAGCCAGAGUAAGCUUGGCCCUAGUCAGGCGCCGAGUCAGGCGCCUCCUCAAAAGAGACUUGAGCCUGAGCGUAGGAAAGAAGUGGUUGAGGUCCCGGAGGAAGGAGAAGAGGAGGAGGAGGAUACGGAGGAUGAGAGGCUCUGUCAAGAGGAGGAUCGGCGGACAGAGCAAAGAGCCCAAAGGACAGGGGCCCAGGAGGAAGCUGAGCCAAGUCCACAGGACAGCGUGCCUAAGAAGAGGAAGUACGCAGUCAGGUUAGAGGAAGGCUUUGAUGUAGAGAGGAUGGUGGGCAGGCUCCUUGAAGGUCACAAUGACCUUAUGAACCUAAAAGACAUUUUGGCGUCCGCCCCAAGACUUCGAGAUGGACUAAAAGGACGAUUGUCUCGAAGGUGGUACAAGACGGUAGAUAAGAAGUGCCGCCCUGUUCCUGUGCUUGUUACAGAAGAUGAGGAGGUUUAUUAUGAGCGGGAACAAGGGUUGAUACGGCGUAUGCGAGAGCAGGCGCUAAAUGAUUCAUGCCGUAUCAACGAGGAAAAUGGAGGGAAGCUGAUAGUUGGAGAGUCGGGUUUCCUUUCACCCCAAGAGAAGGCUUUGAUGGUGCAGCUAAUGAAGAAGAGGCAUCGCGCAUAUGCUUUUAAUGAUGAUCAGCGUGGAAGGUUGGAUGUGGACAAAAUUCCGAUGAUUCGGAUCCACACCAUCCCCCGCGAACCUUGGAAUCUAAGGGGCGCGCGAUACCCGAAUCCUGAUGAGGAGAAAAUGAUGGUGGACUAUCUGGAUGGUAGGAUGCGCACGCAUGUUGCUGGCUACUCUAGUGGGCCAUAUGCGUCCCCUUGGUUCUGUUUUAUUAAGCCAAACGGGACGCUACGGUGGGUACAGGACUUGCAGCAGUUGAAUGCGAUGACAGUGCGAGAUGCAGGAGGCCUGCCGAAUGCAGAUGCAUUGUCAGAAUCAUGCGCAGGGAGGCCUAUAAUUUCGCUUAUAGACCUUUAUUCUGGGUAUGACCAGUUUCCUGUAUACCCGCCUGAUACGCCAGUGACGGCGAUGCACACGCCAAGGGGGCUGAUUCAUAUGAAUGUGGCCCCUCAGGGUUGGACUAAUGCAGUGGCAAUGGUGCAACGACACAUGGUCAGGGUCAUGCAAACAGUCAGUCCACACAUCACUCAGCCCUACAUUGAUGACUUGGCGGUCAAAGGCCCAAAGGAGAAAGAGGAGGACAAAGUAAUGCCCGGAGUAAGGUACGCACCUGCCACUCUAUGGUAUGGAAGGCAUGCCACCUUCCCCAUCGAGAGCUUCUUGAAGACAUGGAGGCGCCAGGACUUGGAGACGAACCUGUCGUUUGAAGAGUUGCUCGAUAUUCGGGCACGGCAGGUGGGCGCGGCUGAGGAAAGGGUACGAGAGGCCUCCAAGCAUGUAGAGAGGAGUCGAAUGGAGGAUAAGAUGCGGUGGGAUCAGAUGGCGCGAGUGCGGAAGGAGCCUUUGGCAGUUAGAGAUAUCGUACUACUCUACGACUCUUCCCUGGAGAAGCAGUGGUCGAGGAAGCUCAACAAAAGGUGGUUGGGGCCCUACAGGAUUGCGCGGUGCGGGGAAUUUGGGGCUUACCAGAUCGAGGAGCUGAGUGGAAUGGAAUGGAAAGACUGGGUAUCCGGGACAAGACUAAAGAAGUCUGACUUCUUGAAGACAGCCAUGCAGAGGGGCGGGAGGGACACGCGGCCACGACAGAGACCUCUCGGGGCAUCCAGAGGGGGAGAGCGGCAUGGGCCCUUCAGGAGAGAGCCUACACCCGUAUUUGAUGACGACAACAUCGAGCUCUUCCUAGACGUCUACCGAGAUCAUGCGACCCAGAGAGGAUGGGACGUAUCUGAGAGGAUACAACAUUUGAGAGGGAUUGGGAGGUUUGAGAAGUCUGUCGCACAAAUUAUGGAGGAGGCGUUGACUUGGCCAGAGGUAGAGGCAAGGAUGCAGAGAUUGAGGGCUUCGCGUGUGGGGCACGAUGGGCUACCUAUCCGCUUGGAGGAAGGGAAUGCAGAGGAAUUCAUCCCAACAUAUGAGCAGUAUAUGAGUGAUCAGGGGGUUCAGAGGGAUGAGUGGAUGCAGACCCUACUCAUUUGGACCAGAGGGGCGGAGCGGCCACUGGCGAAGCAAAUCCGGGAUCGGGCAUGUGACUGGGAGGAUUGUCGGGCUCAGUUGAGGGAGGCAUUUCGACGACCAGGCAGGCCAGAACCCAGGGUCGAUAGGAGGCGGGGAAGCAAGAGGCUAAGAGAUCUGGAGCCAAGGGAGCCAAUUGCGACGAGGGGAGGUCGGAAGGCCUUGGCGCAGCGAGAAGGAGGGCGAGUGGUCCUGAAGUGGUGAAAGCUCCGAAGACCCUGGAAACCACUUGUUUAGGCAGGCUGCAUCCUCAAG